AUGUCAUAGUUCUAUAAAUAAAGAUAUAAAAUGGUUUCUUUCUCCACUCCUCAUCUUCUUGUCUGCAAUUGCAUUUAUAGUAUAUAAUAUGGAUAACACAGCUUUAACAACUCUGUUCAACAUCUUUUCUCUUCCAUUUCUUCUUCUUCUUCUUCUAACUCUCAUCUUCAUCAUCCUAAUCAACCACAAAAUUCUUACCCAUUCGUCUUCAAAACGCUUUACUCCUCUUCCUCCGGGUCCUAAGCCAUGGCCUAUUAUAGGCAACAUUCUUCAUCUCGGAAAAAAACCUCAUGCCUCUCUUGCUCACUUCGCCAAACUUCACGGCCCUCUUAUUUCACUAAGACUCGGCUCUCGUCUCCUUGUGGUUGCCUCUUCUCCUACUUCCGCAGCUGAAAUUCUCAAAACUCACGAUCGUUUAUUCUCUGCUAGAACUAUACCGGCUGCAUUUCCUUACGGAGAUGGCUAUCUUGACCGUGUAGCCAUCGUUUGGAACCCGUCCUGCAGUGAUCAUUGGAAGCUGUUACGAGCUAUGUGCAGGACUGAACUUUUCUCGGCGAAAGCAGUGGAAUCGCAAGCCAGUUUGAGGGAAAAGAAAGUGAGUGAAAUGAUGGAUUUUCUGAGUAAAAAACAAGGAGAGGUAGUGAAUAUUGGAGAAAUUGUGUUCACUACAGCUUUCAACACAAUUUCUAAUCUUUUAUUUUCAAAGGAUUUGCUUAGUUAUGAAGAUCAUCAAGGCAUAGCUAGUGGUUUGAAAAAUCUUAUCACUACAACGAUGGAGUUGUCUACAGCUCCAAAUAUUGCUGAUUUUUAUCCUAUUUUCACAAGAUUGGAUCCUCAGGGCAUAAAAACGAAGAUGGCGAAUCGCCUGGAGAAAAUGUUUUGCGUUUGGGAAAAUGACAUCAAGAAAAGAAGACAAACUAAUAAAGAUUCGCCACAGAAAGAUUUUUUAGAUAUUUUUCUUUCUAAAGGAUUUGAUGAUCAUCAAAUCAAUUGGUUGGUUCUUGAACUGUUUGCUGCAGGGGUGGACACUACUACCACAGUAGUAGAAUGGGCGAUGACUGAGCUACUGAAAGAAAGAGCAAUCUUACAAAAUGUUGCAGAAGAGGUUGAUACAGAAAUCCAGCGCAGCAACAUAAAAGAAUCUGAUAUUUCUAAGCUCGAGUAUGUGAAUGCGUGUGUAAAAGAAACAUUAAGAUUACACCCUCCAGCUCCAUUUCUGAUUCCACGUCGAGCAGCAGAGACUUGUGAAGUUAUGGGCUAUAUAAUUCCAAAGGAUUCUCAAGUACUUGUGAAUGUUUGGGCAAUAGGACGCGAUCCAUCAGUAUGGAAAGAUCCGCUUAGGUUUAAACCGGAAAGAUUUGUGCUGCCAAAUGUGGAGUUUAAAGGUCAUGAUUUUCAGUUGUUACCGUUUGGUUCAGGACGAAGGGUGUGUCCAGGACUAGCAGUGGCUUCGAGACAGCUUGUGUUGAUCUUAGCCUCUUUGAUUCAUGGCUUUGAUUGGUCUGUUCAUUCAUCGCUGGAUAUGAAUGAUAGAUUUGGAAUCACACUGACCAAGGAUUCGCCUCUUCUUGUCGUUCCUAAACUCAAAAGAAAAAGUUAAAUCGAGCGGAUUGCGGAAAAUGACUUCAAAUUCAAGUUUUUAGAUGAAGGAUGAUGCAUGGCUUUUCUGUAGUAAUUUUACUUGCCGUUAUCAGUUACGUGUGUAAUUCUUGUUGAGCACUAAUCAAUUUACAUUUUGAGUAA